UAGCUUGCGUAUCAGAACAGGUCAGGCGCUUUGAUCUGUCACUUGCUCUUUGGUUAAUAAAGAGUGACCACAUACCUACAUUCUGACUUUCCUCGAAAUCUUUGCUGCCCUCAAAAUGGGGUUAAUUUCAUUUCUUUGUGGAGGAGAUCUGCCCACCUCCGCCUCCAAUAAAAUCUACUCCAACAAGUUACCAUUCGCCUCCUCCGCACCAGUGAACCAAAUUCUGGCCGUUGUCCGCCCAUUUGGUCAAUUUUGUAGAGCAUUUGGCGUAUUCCCCUUCUCCUUCAUAACCUUGGGGGACACUAUUUAUCUGGAGUACAAAAUGGGGCUUUGGUUCAUGUGGAGCUUUCUCGUUUUCCUCGUGACCACUUGUUACAUGACGUUUCAGGUCGUUUCAUUCAUUAUUUGUAUCCCACAUUACACAUUUCUUCAGCUCGCGGCUCAAAGUAUUUGGUUCAUAUCGGCAUUGACUCCGUAUCUCGCCUCGAUCUUCAUGAUGGUACGGGGGAAAGCAGUUGUCCUCCUGUUUGAAGAGUGGUGUUCCAUUGAACGAGACCUGGAGAGGCUUUUCUGUCCCAUUAUGACCAAGAAACAUGUUGUCCGAUUCGAAGUCAUUUAUGCUGCAAUGUCAAUCGUGUCAAUCGUGCUGUGUGGCUAUCAUGCCGCUUGCCUGCCACUGGCUCCAGUGUACCCAUUCUACUAUAUGAAGACGUACAAUGAGUGGCAACAUGUGGCCUACAUUCUAUUUCAAGUGACCAUCAUUGCCUGGCUGUGGGUUGGACUAGCCACGAUGGAAGGGAUUUGUUGUCUCUUUUCAACGGUAAUCGUUCAAACAAUUGGCACGAUGUUGAUGGGAUUGGAAUUCACUUUUAAUGCAAUAAUGGACAAGAGCGAGCACCAGCAGAAUGACUAUAUUGAAACGAUGGAUAAUGUAGCGGUCAAGAAUCAUCAGGAAUUUAUGCGUACGGCAAUUCAUUCCAUCCUAUCGAAAAGUCCGGCGUCUACCGUCCCUGCUGUAGGGGAGGGUCCGAAUGAAGUAACGGGUAAUCAGGAUCCCUUCAAUUCAGGCGACACUGAACAGAAGGUCAAGAUUCACAAGGAGGACUAUCUUUUGUUCGUUGUAAGGAAAUUGCAAACAGUGGGUCGCCUCCAGUCUAAGAUCAACUCUGUCCUUGGCCCAUUGCUGCUUGUGGACGUGGCACAACUUGUCGUCUUGGCGUGUGUUCUAAUUUUUCUACCUCUUCGAUAUGCCCACAAACUUGAAAAUUUCCAGGUCGUGGUGACCUUUUUUGGCAAUGGGAUAGCCAUCCUAGUUCGGCUCGUCCUCUUUGUUGUUUCCCUGGGAAGUGUGUACAGUAAAGGACAGGAAGUGAAUGUGGCGUUGGCAAAAGCAAUGAUUUCCUCCCGACUGGGAACAAAAUGUCAAAAUCCAGUUUUGGCUCAUUUGAGCGUUUACUCGUCUAAUCCUAUCACUUUUACAGCUUGGGACUUUUUCCCGAUUACCCGAGGCACCUUAUUGGCAGCAUUCAGUCUUAUCUCGACUUAUGCUAUUGUUUUUCUUCAAAUCAAUUUCUAAACUAUGUAUAUACAUGAAGGGAGGAUUCUGAUUUAUUAUUUAUUAUUACGUAUU